AUGUCGCUGAAGCGCUAUAGCACUGUCCACGAUCUUUCCGCCCUUCGUUUGCACCCCGACGGUUCACGUGUGCAGAACAGAGACGCGAACCGCAGCCUACGCAAAGCAAACUAUGUUGCGCUCGACACGCGGGGAAACUGGAUUGCUCGCGACGCCGGCGGGAUUGGUGCGGUGAAAGUGCGGCGGACAGUGCGCACAGAGGAAGACGAGAACAGCGGCAAUGGUCAGUGUGAUCACGGUGAGGAGUUUGAGCUUAAGGACGACAGUAGCAGCGACGGUAGCGAAUAUGAGGCUGGCCCCUCACGCAAGAGCAGGGCGAAAGGAAAGCGGAAAGCAGGACAUGAGCCGAAAGGUACCCGCGCGCACAAGAGACGGCGUUUCCACGAGGACUACAGUUUCCUGGGAAAUACUACAUCCGCGCAGGUACCCACGGACGACACCAACGCUCUGUCCAGAAGUGGUUCAUACGGUCAAUAUGAUGGGCUAGCCGAGCUACCCGUCCCGUCCUCAGAUCUCCUGAAAUGUGUACACUACUUCGCCACGACAUACUACACUGCGAUGGGCCAACUGUAUGAUGCCUCCCGUGAAGCGAGGCAGCAAAAGAGGCUUAGGCGGCUGCAGAGACUACGGGGUCGGCCUGAGGGCAAUCGCGACCAGUCCGAGGAGCCUGGAACUGCAAACACCGAACACGGACACGCUUCUGAUGAUGUCGAGAAUGAUGUCGACGUUGAGGAUGAGGACCGCGAAGAAUCAGGCGGAGAUGAAGACGAAGAUGAAGACGAAGACGCGGACGGCAAGGCGACGCGACGCUGGGGUCAUAGUCGCUCUCGACGUGAUCGGCCCACCAAAGUCGACAUGUACAAGAUCUUUGACGGCUCUGCAUUGAUGGCUCUCGGCAUGCUUGUUCAGGAGCACAUCGCGCAGAUGUUCUCCGGAGACGUGCCUGAGGAGUGGGAGGCGGCGAUGGAAGCAGAAGCAGCUCAAGAGCACACGCAGGGGGGUAAACGACGACGGCGCUCCCGCGGGCACAAAAGCGAGGACAAGAGCGAGGACGGCGUGUUCGGUUCUGACGAGGAGGACGAGACGACUGAUGAGGAAGAAGGAGCUUCCGAAGCUGCAGAUGACAGAAUAGAGAUGAACGCAGAGGCCAACCGGCGUCGAACGAGAGGCGUUGUCCUGCCCUUGGAUGUUGUCCCGUACGGGGACGAGGAUUCUGAUGACGAGGACUUCGUUCCUGAAUCUGACUAG